AUGUCAAUUCGCAGACCGCCCGUGUAUCAACGCCGUGAUAGAGACCAAACCUUGCGAUUUACUGAGAAUGGCAAAUUCCAAAUUUCGGUUUUUAGCGACUUGCAUUUUGCCGAAGAUGAUGAAGCAGACAAGAACACCACAAGGGUGAUGAACUCCGUUCUUUCUUCGGAGAAUGUGCAACUUGUGGUGCUUAAUGGCGACUUAAUCUCUGGCGAGGCAACACAAAAGUCCAAUUCUAGUCUCUACGUCGAUCGAAUUGUUGCACCACUGGCCGAUCGUGGUUUACUAUGGGCAUCGACUUAUGGGAAUCAUGACAGCGAGAUUAAUCUGGACCCCGAAGAGACGUUUCGUCUAGAGGCAAAACAUGAAAACAGCUUAACCCAGAAACAAGUGCUUGGGUCCACUUCUGGGAUCACGAACUAUUAUCUGCCAAUAUUCCCGCAUGAGGGUUCGAAUGAUAAUACCCCCGCGUUUAUACUAUGGUUUUUCGACAGUCAAGGUGGUCAUUAUGCCAUGAAAAAGAAUGAAGAUGGCGAAUCAACCCCGAAACAGAAUUGGGUAGACGAUAGCGUUACUGAAUGGUUUACAAAAACCAAUAAAAACUUAACAUCUACCUACGGACAAACAAUCCCAUCUCUAGCCUUCGUCCAUAUCCCAGUCCAUGCAAUGCGCGCAUUCCAGAAAUCUGGCGUUAACCCAACGAGCGAACCAGGAAUCAACGGAGAACGAGUCCAGGAACAAGGCUACGACACCGAGUCCGGCUACCAAUUUCAAGAUUACCAAUUUAUAAGCGCUCUAUUGAAUACCACGGGGCUGAUGGCGACUUUCAGUGGCCAUGAUCACGACAAUGACUGGUGCUUCAAAUGGGAUAAUAAGCUUUCUGGCCUCAAUAUCACUGGAAAUGGUGUAAACAUGUGCUACGGUCGACAUACGGGAUAUGGAGGGUAUGGCGAUUGGGCACGUGGUGGGAGACAGAUUUUGUUGGAUGAGAAGUUGCUUGGGGACGAUAUGCGGACUUGGGUUCGGAUAGAAGAUGGGUCAAUUUCAGGGGAUGUCCAUCUCAAUGCGACGUAUGGCCAUGAUCGAUAUGGGUUGGCUGAGAGGAGGAAUGCCAGCGAUCAAAAUGGUGGUCUUUCGCUUUCUCCUCAAUACUUGGGUAUUUUUGUGUGGAUAUUUGUAUUUUAUAGGCUUAUAUCUGGAGUUCACUUAUGGUAA